CAGGCGAAGGCGGGUUUUCUUAUCCCGCGUCGCGCGAACUGGCAUGCAGUACAUUGCGGUGGCUUUAGCCACCGUUUGCUUUGUGGUGGUAAGCGGAUACCAUAACUGUACGAAUCCAGAAGGCUGCGAGUCUCCAACAUGCAGCGAUCUGGAAGUGCCCGUGUUCGGGAACCCUCGGCAAGACAAGUUCUGCAGGCCUUUGUAUGCGCCACCUUCGGAGGUGGAGAAACUCCGCACAUGCCUCUGCAAGAAGGGUUACGUGCGUAACUCGUGGGACGAGUGCGUGCCAAGGAAGAUGUGCAUGCGCUGCAAGUUCCGUUGGCAAAGGGACUUUCACACCUGUGCCUCCGGCUGCCCGGCGACUUGCAACAGAGCGGACGACGUGGUAUGCCAGAUUCCUUGCGCUCCCGGAUGUGAGUGUCCACCAGGCUGGAAGCAACACCCGGUCUUGGUAAGGAUGUGCAUCAGGGCUGACAAGUGUCCUCGGAGAUGUCCACGUCAUUCGUCGGUUCAGGAAUGCGUCUCGAGCUGUGCGCCGCGGUGCGGAAAAACUCCGCCUCUAAAGUGCGUCACCAGUUGCGGAACGCCCUCUUGCGUUUGCGAUAAAGGGUACACCGAAUAUCUGCGAGCAGGGGUGAAGUCCUGCGUUCCGCAAGAAAAAUGUUCCAGGCUCAUCCGCUUGAGAAAUUUGUUUCUACCUAAGAGGACAGAUUUUUCCAUCGACCGAGGAACGUCCUUUGGUUCCGCUGGGCAUCUGGCAACCGAGACAGGCACGAGCAGAACGCGGUCACAAUGGCGUGCAGAAGGUCUAUCACCCCUAUUUGAAGAAUCACGUGUCACGGUAUUGUAUAAUGGGGCACCUGUCGAACAUUACCCAAGGGCUCCGGCCAGAUUAGGCACUUUCGCAUCGGGUGGGACUGCAAGAUAUGGUGGGGUAGAUUUAGGAUUUCACCCAUGGCCUGUUCCGUUACGGAGUUCCGCAGGACUUGGUUGGAGCGCCCUUGGAGCUUACCCAUUGGCUACUGCAUCACGUGUGACUGCGGGGUAUGGACUGAAGGGUUACGGAGUUUACCCAUGGGCUACACCUUUAGGUUUUCCUCACAGAUUUGACAGGGCCAGUUCCGUGUACUUCCCGUGGGGUACUCCGUUACGGGGUACCAUCGGAUACGGCUGGGCUGGUUACGGAAUCUAUCCCUGGGGAACGCCAUUAUUGGUUACCCCCGUGUACGGAGGGUCCGGUUUUGGGUUUCGCCCGUGGGGUAGACUGUCAUCGGGUGUACCUAGGUAUGACGGCUCUGGUUUUUGACUUCUCAGGUAGUAUACAUCGAUAUAGUGGCGCAUAAUAGAUAGAACUAGGCAUUAGAAUGCGACCAGAGAGUGUAUCCAAUUCGUUCCUGUUGGUAUAGCAACCAUAAUACGCAAACACAACGACAAAGUUGUAUUCCCAUAAACGUGUAUGUUGAGGUCAUAUCGUACGACAUUUAAAUAUCCUUCUCGCAGAGAGUCCAUACGUGACCGCAACGUAAUGCGAAUUGGCAGGCAUAGGAAUAUAAAAAAAAUAUUAUCGAAAGGGCUCGUAGGACAGGUGAAUAAAAUUGAUUUCUCGUAAUUUUUCCUGCAAAAAAAAUUAAUAAAACUGAUUUUUGAGGAAAUCUGCAGGCAUUUGCAGUGCAUUUAAAAAAGUCGCGCUCUCAAGUUUAACCACAUUAAUUACAACUAAUAGCAAAUUUCUAGAUUUACAGAUGUGCUCUCACAAUAAAAUGAUAAAUUAGACAAAGGUGGUUUCGUGAGCAAAAAGCAGUGAAUUGAGGGAUUGACCUAUUUAAAAUAUUUUCAGACGAAUUAUGCAGAAACUAUUCAGAACGGAUUAAACCCAUCAACACAGCCGGCCAAGUAGGUUUUAAUGGGCCAAUUCAGCAGAAUUUAUAAAAAGGUUUGAUUUUUUGCAUGUAGCAUCCCAAUUACUGAUGGAGCUGUGUAAAACAGUGUAGGGAAACUCAAAUAUGCACAAUGACUGCUACAAUACGCCAUAGAAUAUAUGCGUGCAUACCAUGUUUUGUCACUCCUUGACCAAUGCUUAUAGGGUAAUGGAAUUUUCCACUCAUUCUUCUGCACAACUUUUCACACUACAAAAAGAAAGGAAACAAGUUACCAAGUGAAGGAUUUUCUGCAAGCUACAGGCCAAGUCGAGCUCCACAAACAUGAAGGAGUCAUCGGACGUGAUUGUCAAAACGAGCGAAUAGCUUUAUGCAUCCACUGAAUAAUUGGUCAAGAUCGUUCGUUGGCGUUGCGCUGCUUUCCAUUUUUCUGCAGUUUCGAAGUGAGAAAUUUGUAGCCGAGCCUCGUGUCAUGGUCGCAGUUCUUGCCUCGUUCUUCUGCAUUCAAAGCCUCCUCCCGUUCACGGCAAGCCUCGGGUCGCUUUCCCAGCUUAUCUUCCUUUUCUGCCACUGUCAUCGCAGCAGGACGCUGAGCGCCCGCUACACCAAUCCACAAGGCUUGCCAAGCGCUGGCAUGACGUCACCUCCUCUGCGACCAACCAGCGGGGUCCGGAGACGCCAGCGCCUUUCGCUUGGCCUCUGCGUUCUGCCAGAUGGCCACUGGCUCUACCUCCGCGGCAGCUGUCCCCUUCUCUCCAAGGCGAUACCACCUUAUCGCUCUAUCAGCGGCUAAAUUUCGGCCGCUGAGCUUGAAAACAACUUUGGUUCCCUUUGACACACACUUAAACAUACGAACUGCAGGCUGUGUCCUAGAAAUAUGGUGGGUCGACAUCUAUUGCUACUGGUCUCAGUCCCAUGCGCCCUCCAGUAGUGUGAAUAGUGCGUACAGCUUUCAUGAACCGUGUUAGGCAACAACAAAAAGGCCUCAACUUUAGAGAAACUCAAAUAUGGAGCGAAUUUCAUAGACACAAGCACACAAGCGCACACAUCACCGUGCUUAUCUCAACUAAAGAGGUUUCACGUCCCACUUCAGCUUUGCUUCAUGUGCGCCCCAAGUAGCGUUUGUUACGCACUACUACAGCUGUGAUUGAAAGCGACACCAAAGAAAAAAGCAAAGUUAGGCAAGACCUGUCAAUCACUUCUAGAUCAUAAGAUACGUUACUAAUACAACUAGCGGAGUUGUUGUAAACAAGAAAAUUAAAAACCCCUAAAGCUUAUCAUGGCGUGAUUAGGUUUGGGCACCUUCCGCUCUAGACCGGUCAGUAGUUUAUUGGUGAAGAAUAAUUAUGUGGCAUUCUCAAGCUAAUAAAAACUAGUAAGAUUUUAUAACUUUUCGAACAAAGAAUUGCUAGAAUAUGAGAUACUACUUUGAAAAAGCUGAUGUAAUAUUAGCGUACUAGUAUUGAGGUGCCGGUGCAAGAUUCAACAAACGAAGCAGACAUCUUUAAUUAUAUGCUGAUAUGCAACCGCCAUGCGCCAAGCAAAUUCCCAUCUGUAGCCCCGAAAAAGCAGUACUACUGCAAACUAAAAGUGGUGAGAAUAAAUUAUAGAAAAAGCAGAGAAGUUUGCCUGGGAUUGUAUGCUUGCCAGCUGCUCUGCAAAUGGGAAGGAAAGGGAAAGAAUGAUUAGGGAUGAUGACGAUGACGAUGAGUGCAUGGCUACAUAAAAAAAAAAGCCCGUGACAUAGUGGUUUCCUUAACACACCGAGCCCAGUCCGGUGCUUUGCAGGUAGUCCAGAGUGCUAUUUUAAGGGGUUGGGUAAUGUUCCUAAAAAACAUCCAAGGUAAAGUUAUUUCCACAGCCAACAGAAAAAUGAGAAAACGACGAAGAAUACGCUUCAUUCCAAAUAUAAGCUCACACCUGUCGUAUCGCUUUCAAUCAUAGCGUUAGAAGCAAUGGCCUGAGUCAGUAGAAAACGCAACAAAGAAAUAUAUUUAAAAUGGCACGGGGCAUUGUUCGAGCAUGCAACAGCGCAGCAGUGCUCGCGGCAUCGAAAAGGACUUGGGUGUUGAGUAACAUUUUCGAGACACUGAGAAGACUGUUCUGUUUUCCAGAUUUAUUGAGAAGUGUGCAGCUCUUCAGCUACGGGGAAGGAUCCCUUUCUUUACUUCCAUUAAGCAAAACACUUUAAUUCAAAAUCAGAGCUGCAACUGACUAUGUGAGCUGCUCUGCGAAUUGGCAGUUUUCGUGUUCUAUGGAGGAGGAGCAAAUAACUUUAUUGAGUCCUGAGCAACCCCUCCUCACCCACUCUUGGUUUAGUGGUCGGCAGGAGUCGCGGGCCGCAUCCACAAUGGGACGGUGACCCCAUGAGCCUCCGCCCUUUCGUGAGCCCUCUGGACGGCCCGGAGCUGAGUCUGGUGGUCAUCGCUUCGCAGGGCGUCCUCCCAGUCUUCUUCUUUACUGAACGUUUUGCCGCUAAACGCGGAGCAUUGCCAGAGCAUGUGCGCUAGCGAGCACUACGAUUCGCCACAAUCCGGACAUUGCGGCUCUACCUCUAGUGAAUCAAGGCUCAGUCUGCCUCUCGAGGGGAACGACCGUGUCUGAAGCAUUCUGAAUAUCCAUGACUGUGGUCUAUUGACUUCCGCGUUAGGGAUGGGGAAGGCCCUCCUCGACAGCUGAUAGUGCGUUGUUAUUUCGUUGAAGGUGAGCAGCGGUUCUCGGAGCUACGAUUCAUUUACUUUAAAGGCAGCGAGUAAAACAACACAGCCCAACGUCGCGAUGAGCCCGUAACGUGCCUUUUUCUUCAAACAAACAUCACUUUUUAUUGGGCACCCAAGUUAUAAAUCAAUGUUGUGACCGCACCGAUCUCAAACAUAUGCUUUGUGAAACAAAUUCCUGCAAGGAAGAAAUGUUUAUCUUCCUGAAGAUAUUGUAGCACAGCUAAGAUUGUGCUCGUCUCUAAAGACGGACGAGCAGCAGCGAACGUCAGUAAAUGUAUGGCAAUCGUUGAUUGUUAUUUAUUGAGAUGAAAAAAAUAGAGAAGGCCUAUUCACCGUACUCUGGUUAUGGCUGCUCUUUUUCGUUCGGCUAAAAUUAUAAUAAAUUGGAACAAAAUAUGUGUUAUAGAUUUUCAAAGCAGUUUUUGAAACAUAAUUCAGGAAGUCCAAGAUAAAAAAAAAACAGUUUUCAUGAAGAUGCAGGAUUGUGACAUCAUUGCUUACAGUACUUUGUAAUCAGCACUCUUUAUUUCUGCUCCUGUCUUCAAGAUUGCUGAUUACCUUGUAUCAUUUUCAACUGAAUCACUAUCGCAUAGUCCCCUUUAACACACACGUUGUAAUUCCGGAAUUGGAACUGGUUAGUACUCAAUGCCUAUUAAUUUAGGGACAACCCUGUAAUUUAGUUGCAUUACUCCAGAGUUGUUCAUUCAAAAAUCAUUUUACGAAAUACAUUGGUUUUAACAUAUUUCUGCCGCAAACUGCAGAGCGCUUUCGAGUGAAAAUAACUUUUCGAACUUGCGUGCUAUUUUCUGGCGCUUUGGUUAAUAUUAUUUCAAAAGACGCAGUGACUCAGGGUUUCUAAUACAUUAGAAAUCAUUGUGUGCCUACAGAGAGCAGUUUCGUGAGAACAACCAGAACACAGCGUAAUGAGAACUUAAUCACUAAGUACCAAGUAUUUAACAGAUUCAUUAAUUGCUUCGCACAUUUUAAUGAAGCACAACAAAUGUUCUUCUUAGCAGAAAAAUGCAUGAUAUCUGCUUCACAGUCCUCAAGGAACUUGACACUACUUUGAAACAACUGAGAAGCUGUAAACAUACCUAUCAGAUUUUUUUUUUUUUUUUUUGCAAUCUGGACGCAGGUUCAUAGUGUUUGUUCAGUCCACCACCAUAUUAAUGGUUCAGUUCCAUCCUGCACCUCGAACGUAGUUCGCUUCGGUGACGCACCGUCAAUAUUCUUCGAUCACGUGCACAACUCUCUGCUCUAAACCCCACUUUGGACAAAGGGAUUCCGUGGCUGAAAUCUCGACUACUGCAAGCACUAAACAAUUGCCUAAUGAUGGCUCGUUAAAUGAUGAGGCCAUACGUCUUCCUUCUUAAGCAUUUGUGAAAAAGAAAUAUUCACAUACACAGCUUCAGGAUGGAGCCACUGUUGACUCCGGCAUGAGCCGUCAUUGUGAAUUCAUUGAAUUUCCCAUUUUCGGUAUCCCAUCUGUUCUGUCUCCAUGUUGCGAUGAGCCCCUGUCGUGUACAGAUGUUGUGGUCUAGGCUGACAUGCAGGCUCUUGUUGCAGCGCCCUUAGUUUACAAUUCUUUCUUCUGUUGGGUGCUAAAAGAGAUAUGAACUGCUAUUUGUAAACUUGUAGUCGCAAUAUCACUUUGAAGGUGCCUGUGCGAUACCUCCACCCUUGCCAAGCUGUUUACAUCGUCUUGAGAGUGAAAGCAGAUCAGGGACAUGAUCGCUCUUCAAUUCGGUUCUUAUUACCGUCUGUUCUGCUACGAACGCGAAAAGUCCAUCUUUGUUUAAAUACCACGGUUAUAUAGACAAACCUGCACAUCCUUGCGUGUGACAUACGUCACCAUCUCGAAGUCUUUGUUAUGCCAAAAAUUGAUUUUGUUCUACUGAAUAUAGAUUAAAAUGCGGCAUCAUGUCGGGGGCAGGGGAUGUUGACACUUGCAACCCUGAUUUUUAAUGCCAUUUUGCGGUACUUGAAACGCGCCUAUUACGCGCUUGUGGCCGUCUGUGAAGACACAGAGAUCCGGUUCUAACGAGCGCCACUGUUCCGAAGCGCUGACGCAACGGUAUCAUAAGGCCACUUCCACACGUGCCUGUGACGUCAUAUCCGUGACGAAGAUUUGGUGUAUUUGCCUCCUAGUUAGUUAGCAAGGUGAUAAAAUGGGAGCUACUUGCAAUGUAGCAUUCAAGGAGCCCACCCAAGCCCUGACAUUUUUUUUUUUACUGCUGGGCUCCAGCACUGUGUGCC